AUGGCGUUGUCUCUUCUCACUCCUCGUCAAUAUCCACUUCAUCCAGUCACGGUACAGUACGCUGUUCGUGUGCUGCGCUCCUACCCUGCCGACGCGUUGCUGAUGUACAUUCCACAGCUGGUACAGGCUGUCAGACAUGACACCAUGGGUUAUGUAGCCGAGCUGAUCGUAUGGCUAGCUAGUCAUUCGCAGCUUUUGGCUCAUCAGCUGAUCUGGAAUAUGGAGACGAAUAUGUAUACUGAUGAGGAUAGCAAAAACAAAGAUCCUGUGCUAUUCGAUGCUCUAAACGACAUCAUAAAGAAGAGCACAAGCCAGCUCGAAGGUGCAGCACGUCGCUUCCAUGAGGCUGAGUUCGCACUGUUCCACAAACUGACAGCAAUCUCUGGCACGAUAAAGCCAUAUCCCAAGGGUGAUGCAAGGAAGAAGGCUUGUCUCAAAGCGUUGGCUGAGGUAGGCAAGGCUAUUCACAUAUUUAAGUAG